AUGGCGAUGUACGGUGCCCCCGUCUGGUCCGACGCCCUGGACCGCGAGAACAUCGCCCUGCUGCGGCGCGCGCAGAGGGUGAUGGCGAUCAGGGUCGUACGCGGGUACCGUACGAUCUCGGGCGACGCAGCGUGCGUGCUGGCUGGAGUCCUGCCCUGGGACCUGGACGCGGUCUCUCUGGCGUCGUCAUACCGGCGGCGUCGGAGUCUGGCGUCCGGGACCCUCAGUCCGGCACCACGGCUUGCAGAACACCUGAGGCGAGAGCGGGAUGCCGCGAUCGCGGAGUGGGUUGUGAGGCUCGAGCGUCCGAGUGCGGGGCACCGGACGAUCGAUGCGGUUCGGCCGGUUCUUCGGCAGUGGUUGGACAGACGGCAUGGCGUCCUAACCUUCCGCGCCACGCAGGUCCUCUCGGGGCACGGUUGCUUCGGGGGGUACCUGUGUCGGGUCGCCGGGAGGGAGCCCUCUCCUCGUUGCCACCACUGCCAGGAUUGUGACGACGAGUCGGCGCAACACGUCUUGGAAGAGUGUUCGGCGUGGACGGAGGAGCGUGAAGAGCUCCGAAGCGUAGUUGGGCCGGACCUUUCGCUGCCGGCCGUGAUUUCUGCCAUGACCGGCAGCGAGAGGUGCUGGGACGCCGUCCUCGCGUACUGCGAGCGGGUGAUGGCGCAGAAGGAGGCGGCGGAGCGGGUGAGGGAGGACACCACCGACCUCCCCCUCCGCCGCAAAAGGACCGGGCGUCGGAGGCUGGCGCACGAUAACCGCCUCCCUCCCUAG